AUGUCGCAGGACCCUCUCCGGCUGCGCGUCACGGUCCAGCGCCACGGCAUCCCGGACGUCAAGUUCGUUUGGCCGUGCGCCCGCGCCGCCGCCGACCUGAGCGUCGCGCAGCUCCUCGCGCAGAUCAACGAAGUAGUGCCCCUCGAGGGCGGCGAGUGGGGGCUCGAGGACUACGCCGUCGAGCUGGUCGGGCCCGCCGGUGAGGAUGGACUUGGCCGCGGCUACGAGUGCCUGCAUUUUCAGCAGGUGCAGCAGAUCCUCAAGGACGAGGACCAGAUUGUAAUCCGAUCGUUGCUCGGAGAGGACCUCAAGCGGAGACGACUCAGCGGACGGCAUCAGAUAUCCGAGGGCGGAAAGCACCUCGUCGACGGGCUUGCCUUUGGCCGGCCCUGGCUGAGGACACCACGAGAUCGACCGUCCAUCGAACUGCCCCCACGGAAGCGACAGCGCGCGAUCGAGUACAACAACGAGGACGAGUAUGACGACAGUUACGAACACCCGAUGCUGCUGCUGGAGGCGCCAGAGCUAGCCGAAGACGAUGAAGACGAUGGUUCUUUUGCCGACGUCGACGAAAACACCGACGAGGAGAUUGAUGACGAGCUCGAGCUGGCCGAUGGAGACAUGGCCGAAGAGCUCGAGCUCCUCCGUCAAGACAAUGCAGUUGUCGGUGAAGAUCCGGCCCUAGCCACGAAAAUCGGCCACGAUCCCUCCGACGCAACUUCGCAUGAGGAUGCUUUCGCCCAGGAGAUGGGGCUUCUCCAGGCCGCAUUCCCUUUGACAUCUGCCUCUGCCAUUGGAGUCGAGCUUGGCCGGCACGACGGCAACAUCAUGCAUGCAUACGAGGCCUUGAAGCGAUCAAACGACCCUGCCUUGUCGCUCGACAAGGUCCUGGAGAUGAUGCUUGGCGACCUGAUGAACGUAGCAGUGUAUGAUGGAGACAACGAUCCCAACGAGAAAGCCCCCGCGCGGCCGCUAAUUCAGGUUGUUGAAAGCGAUGACAAUGAUUCUGCCGACACGGACGAUACAUCGUCCUCGGACUCGAGCGAUUCGUCGGGAAGUGACGAAGCCGACGGCGGUGAAGGCGAAGAAGAUGGCGACUCCGAGCAGGGCAACAAUAGCGAAGAGGACUCUGACUCUGAAUCCGAGUCCGAAUCUGAGUCUGAGUCUGGAUCUGGGUCCGAUUCCGAUUCUGGAUCAGACUCUGGUUCCGACUCCGACUCGAGCGACGACAAUACAGCUAUGGUCGGCCAAGUAUAUCCGAUGUUCUCCACGGAACCGGCAGCCGCUGCGAAAAAGAAUACUGGGGUUGUGCAAGCAGAAUCCGCACCGCAUACGGGCCUUACAAAGACGCAAAAGCGCAACGCCCGCCGUCGGAAGUUGCUUGCACAUAGAAAGUCACUGGACGGUAGCACCGGUACGCCAGACUCGGCGCCCACGGAGCUGUCACUGCAGGAGCGCAAGGAACAGCUCCUCAAAUCGUUGGAGCAGGGGUCGAAUGCGAAUGCGGAGGAACAUCAAGGCAACCAGGGAGAGGCAAACGAUGUGGCGGCGGAACGGCAAGGGAGCACUCCAAAAGAGACACCGCAGUCGCGCCGCUCCCGCGUCGACGUGGGCGCUGGACGAAGACUGCUGUUUGGCGCGCUGGGCCUCAAGGCACCCAAGUCCAAGGCGGACGAGGAGAAAAUCAAGCAGGGACUGAUGAAAGACGUCCGGCCGCUGAACAACCCCCGAGUUGCGGAGGCAAGGACGGGGCAGGACGCCGCUCCGGCCGAGGACGAGGACCCCGACGAAUGGAGAAAACACAUAUCGUACUCAGCGGUCGAGUGCUGCCACGAGGGAGUGGUGCUCAGUGAGCCUCCGUUUCCGUUCCGACAGCGAUGGGAUCCGCAGCAACAGGGCCGGCACUGGGGCAAGGGGAAGCGCAAGCGCCAGUCACAAGAGUUCACCGAGGACUACUACGACGAUUCGGCCGUCUUCUACGAGGAUGGCGACUUUGCGGGAGGUGCAACGCGCCGCAGCUCCGGGCGAGGGUUCAAGCCAUUUGGACCGAAAGCUCCUGCGCAAGACCAGAGUGGUGCAUCUGACAAGGUGAACGGGGCGCAGCCGGAAGCCAAGAAGCCGGAGAAGGCGGACGACGUGCCGCCUGUGCCGGCGGAUCUCGGCAGUCUACCCACGCUGACGGCCGGAGUGGCCAAGGAGGGCAUGGUGGUGACGUGGAAGCAGAUGGCCAUGUCCAAGGCGACGAGGUGGCAGCCCGAGAUUGUGCAACUGACAGGCACGGUUCAGGCUAGCACCGACGAGGCCGAACUGCACGUGCUCCUCGCCGUGCGCGACCGCGAGGUCAGGGACCGAGUCUACGAUUCCGAGACGGGGAAGCGAGUGUAUGACAAGUUCGAGGUGCCCGACUCGGACGGAGAAGACGAGGCGGGCGAAGACGACGGGCAGCGGGUGGUGCCGUGGGACGAGCUGAUGGAGCCCAGGAUUCUGCAAGACGCGCCCGCGCCUACUACGUCUGCAACCGAGGGCAAGAAGCCCCUGAUCCAGGAGGUCGAGAUGGGCGACGCAGAAGCGGUGGUGCAAGGAGAGGUUGCAGAGGGCGAGGUCGCCGACGACGAAUCCAGCGAGUCCGAGUCGUCGGACUCUUCUGACUCGGGCGAGGACGAGGAUGAAGACGACGACGAAGACGAGAACGAGUAA